GAAACAAAAUCCUAGCCCAGCCCAACCCGUGUGCAGACAAGAGUCGCAGGGAGAGCAUUGGGAAAAGCUACACUGUAAGCGCACAAUAGCAGGAACCGAAUCCUUUCCCUGCAGAGCGACGGUGGCCCAGAUUUAGAGGCUUCUACUCACACUGUCUACCGCUUUCUUUUUCUUUUCUUUUUUCUCUUUUUUUUUUUAAUAGAAAAACUCUCUCUUUUUUUUUUCUCUAAAAUAUUUUACCUCCAUUUUCAUUUCUGGCUUCCUUGCGGAGAUUACGAGAGAUUUUAAUCUCCAUAGCCGAACAGCAUAAAGGUGUAUGGAGUUUGGAUGGUGCAUUUGUGUCCAGACUACUUAAACCUAGUGAGGCUUGGUUUGGGUUAGAACCUUCUAAGACAACGGCAGGUUUUUAAUUGUAUGUCCAAUUUUUUUGACUGUAAGUUUAGGUUGGUAUAGUUGUAUCAUGAUACAUGUUAAUUGUUAGUCAUAUGGAAAGUUGCACCUCCUUUCAAAUCUAUAUUUAGCAUUGAGGUAAACUGAUUGUAAAUAGGAGAGCUGAUAUAUAUUGCUAUUAGACUUAAUGUUCAAGGCUGACCACAUGGGUGUUUCUUCAUCACAAGCAAGUUCUCAUACAAAAAGUUAUUCAUGCCCUAAACAAAGUACACCAGAAGAAACGCCAGAAUGUGGUGAUACCAGUACUGUAGCUACCCAGUCGCAACUCUCUUCUGAAGGUGUGAAUAAAGGUUCUCUUACUGAAAAUCUGGUCCCAACAUCUGAAGAAGCAUGCAAGAGUAGUUUGAUAGAUACAAGUACAAGUCCUAAAACUGCUAUAGAUCAGAAACUUGGAUUUGUUUCAGAUGAUACACAUAUUAAAUGUGGUACUGUAAGUGUGCAUAAUGGACAAUCAAAAAGAAAUGGUUCACUUGGUUCUGGAAUUGUACAACAUGAUUCUGCGAUAUCGACCUUUGCUGUUAAUGAAACCUUGCACCCACUGCAUCAAGAUGCAUCAAAGAGUGCUCUUGGGCAUAUGGAGCCACCUCCUAACAAUGAGAUGAAAGUUCCUGCUAGUGAAAAAUUAGGACCACCUCAUGAUGCUGAGGAUAAACACUGGAAUGGAACACAAUCAGAAAUACUAUCUAAAGAUGCUGUUAGUAAUUCUAGCCGAUUGGGCCGCAGGGUUAAAACAACUGCAAAAUCAAGGAAAAAAUAUAUGCUAAGAUGUUUGAGGAGAAGUGAUAGAGUAAUGCAGUAUAGAUCACAAGAGAAACCCAAAGCUCCUGAAUCCAGUACGAACCUGCCUAAUGUUAGCUCCAACGUAGAGAAAACAAGGAAAAAGAAGAAAAAGAGAGAAAGAAAGAGCGUUGAAGCUGAUGAAUAUUCAAUAAUCAGGAAGAAUUUGAGAUAUUUAUUGAAUCGAAUAGGCUAUGAACAAAGCUUGAUUACAGCUUAUUCUGCCGAGGGCUGGAAAGGACUAAGCUUAGAGAAGUUAAAGCCCGAGAAGGAGCUUCAAAGAGCCACAUCUGAAAUUCUUCGACGCAAAUCAAAAAUAAGGGAUUUAUUUCAACGUAUUGAUUCACUAUGCGGUGAAGGAAGAUUCCCAGAAUCAUUAUUCGACUCUGAUGGACAGAUUAGCAGUGAAGAUAUUUUUUGUGCAAAAUGUGGAUCCAAAGACUUGACUGCUGAUAAUGAUAUUAUACUUUGUGAUGGUGCCUGUGAUCGUGGGUUCCAUCAGUAUUGUUUAGUGCCACCGUUAUUAAAAGAAGACAUUCCUCCGGAUGACCAAGGUUGGUUAUGCCCUGGAUGUGAUUGCAAAGUUGAUUGCAUUGACCUGCUUAAUGAAUCUCAAGGAACAAAUAUUUCCAUCAGUGACAGCUGGGAGAAGGUUUUCCCUGAGGCUGCAGCACCUGGACAAAAUCCAGACCAGAACUUUGGACCGCCUUCAGAUGAUUCUGAUGACAAUGAUUAUGACCCUGACAUUCCAGAAAUUGAUGAGAAGAGUCAGGGAGACGAAUCAAGCUCUGAUGACUCCGAUGACUCUGACUUCACGUCUGAUGAAUUAGAGGCUCCGCCUGGUGAUAAACAGCAGUUGGGGCUUUCUUCUGAAGAUUCAGGGGAUGAUGACUAUGAUCCUGAUGCUCCAGAUCUUGAUGACAUUGUGAAGGAGGAAAGUUCAAGUUCUGAUUUUACUUCUGAUUCUGAGGAUCUUGCUGCUACCCUUGAUAAUAAUGAGUUAUCUGGAGAAGAUGAAAGGCGCAUCUCUGUUGGAACUCGAGGAGAUUCUACUAAAGAAGGAUCUAAACGUGGUCGAAAGAAGAAGCAAUCUUUACAGAGUGAGCUAUUAUCCAUAGAAGAGCCAAAUCCUAGCCAAGAUGGUUCUGCACCCAUUUCUGGGAAGAGAAAUGUUGAGAGAUUGGACUACAAAAAACUGUAUGAUGAAACAUAUGGAAAUGUUUCUUCUGACUCGAGUGAUGAUGAAGAUUUCACUGAUGACGUGGGAGCGGUGAAGAGGAGGAAAAGCACACAAGCUGCUUUGGGAUCAGCUAAUGGAAAUGCUUCUGUGACUGAUACAGGAAAGCAAGACCUAAAGGAGACCGAGUAUGUACCAAAGAGAAGUCGUCAAAGGCUUAUUUCUGAAAAUACAAGCAUUACACCAACUAAAGCACACGAAGGCACUUCUCCAUCCAGUUCCUGUGGCAAAACAGUUAGGCCAUCUGGAUAUAGAAGACUCGGUGAAACUGUGACAAAGGGCCUCUACAGAUCCUUUAAGGAAAAUCAAUAUCCUGACCGCGAUAGAAAAGAACAUCUGGCGGAAGAGCUAGGAAUCACAUACCAGCAGGUUACCAAGUGGUUUGAGAAUGCUCGGUGGAGCUUCAACCAUUCAUCAUCUAUGGAUGCAAAUAGAAUUGGAAAAACUCCAGAAAACAAUUCUCCCGUGUCUAAAACAACUACAAUACUGCUUGAAUCAGCACCUGAAACAGUUAGUGGAGCUGCUAUUGACAGUGCAGCUCAGAGGGAGGAAUCACCUAAGAUUGGUGAUGCCAUGGUGGAGAUUUAUGUAGAAGAUGCAAGGGAAACGGUGUUGGGCAUUCCGAAAUGCUGUGCACAAAAUUCUAAAACCCCAAAAUCUAGAAAGAGAAAGCAUAAUUCAGGUGAUCGGUUAUCAGAUUUAGAAUCGAAAAAAGAGGAAGCAAAAAUAGCCCCAGCUAAUCUACCAAAAGCUCAGGAAACACGAGUAGGUGGCCGAGUGACAAGAAGUAAAUCUGCUGCUUAAAUCUUAAUUCUUUUUGCAUCCUUCUAGGAGAAUUAGAGACCAUCUUCCUGUAGGCCAAGAAAGAUGUCUUGAGUUGAUUUGCGGGCACUAUUCUGAGAGAUCAAGAAUCAAAUGGUGCCGUUGUUUGUAAUUUUACAGUGCUGCAAUUUUGCACCCCCAUCGAGUUCUGCUUAUUUUAAUCCCAUAUCUCCACGAAAAUGCAAAAUAAGAGUCUUCAAUC